AUGGGGAAUGGUCAGGCUGAUGGAUACAAUUCAACGGGAUGCUUUGACUUGAAGUGUGAUGGAUUCCUACCAGUUAACUAUGCUCCUAUUACCCCGGGAGAUACUCUCAAGGGGAAGAGUAAGAUAUCUAUCAAGAUAUUCAAGAGUAAAGAUGAUGGAGACUGGUGGUUACACUUUGCCCAUGCUGGUGAAAAGUUUGCUCCCGUCGGAUAUUGGCCACGGAGUCUUUUCAAUAGCUUGGCUUAUUAUGCAAAUUAUGUAAGUUGGGGAGGCUUCACUGGAUCUCUUGUAGGGGCACCAAGCCCGCCCAUGGGCAAUGGGCACUGGCCAGGACAAGACUCUGCUACAUUUCGUGAUGUGCAAUAUGUCAACAGUGAUGGGAAGGGUUAUCGUAAGGCAAUUCCAGCGCCUGGCCUUCAGUCUAGAGUAACCCAUAAGGACUGUUAUCGUGUCAGCAAAUUUAUGACUGACAAGUUCAGCUAUGGGGGACCUGGUGGUUGUACUAAUUAG